AUGAGCACUCGAUCCGGUCGUUCGGGAAGUAUCCGCUCGGGUCGGUCCGCUUCGCGCGCUAGAGCUCCGUCGUAUCCGCGCAAACCGUCGACCUUCAAGUCGUAUCGACCGCCACAGGAUCAACGACGAGGUGGAUUGGCGAUCCGAGGCAGUCGCGGCAAGCAGAACAUGCUCUUCACAGACCAGCAGAUGGCCGACGACCUGCUCGCCACGGUCCCGAAGCUACACGCCGCGAUUGCGAUGAACGCACGGGUCUGGCACCGCAAAGGACGCAAGGACGGCGUCACCACGUAUCAACUGUCACGAGUCCAGCGACUUCCAGAGCACCAUGUCGGCUCUCUGUGGCGACAAGUUCCGUGA